GCCGGUGGAACGCACGUGUGUUAAGAACCCGGAAGUGUCAGAGCUCUUUGGCUGUCAGAAUGGCGGGGGCUGUGUUACCGAUGUCUGUGAUCCGAGCUGUCAACCAACUUCUGAAGAGGAAGAAAUACCAAGCCGCCCUGGCCGUGAUCAAAGGGUUCCGGAAUGGAGCAGUGUAUGGAGCUAAAAUCCGGGCGCCGCAUGCACUGGUGAUGACGUUCCUGUUUAAGUCUGGAAGCUUAAAAGACAAGCUGAAAGCCAUUUUCCAGGCGACAUUAACUCAUUCGAGGAAUCUUGCUUAUUUCGUCUUCACAUAUAAGAGCCUCUUGACGGUUCAGGAGAAAAUACAUGGAAGCAAAUGGCAGUUUCAUUCCUUCCUGGCAGCUUGUGUGGGCGGAUGGGUGGUAUUCGGAGCGAAUAAUCACAUCAAUAGCCAGAUAAACAUGUAUUUAUUGUCUCGGAUCCUCUUCGGAUUGUCCCGGGUGGCAGUAGAGAAAGGAAUCAUCCCGGAGCCCAAGUUUGAUGUCUUCCCGAUUUUCUCAGCCCUGGUGUGGGGAUUUGUGCUCUGGCUGUUUGAAUACCAGCGCCAUACUCUCCAGCCCUCCCUGCAGUCCUCCAUGACGUAUCUGUAUGAUGACAGCAACAUCUGGCACGACAUCUCGGACUUCUUGAUCUACAACAAGCCUAAGCAGGCUAAAUAAAUCCUGUAUGUCCCGGCAGGAUGCACUGAAAUGGCCCCUUUAAUUGUGGGGAUUGUAUUGGUAAACCUCCUUUUAUACUUGAAUGACUAGAAUAUUGGAGUGAUCAUGAUGAUUGGUACUGUACCUUGAUUGGCCCGGAUUUCAGAGUCCACCUAUAGCCCAAACCACCCAUUUGUUAGAAUUUUUAUCAGGUUUUACUUCUGGUUUUGUCCCUGCUGAGGAGAUUUUGCCUUGCUUCCUGUCCUGGUAACCACACAGGAAAAGAGGGGAUAACCCCAACAGUGAACAUUGCAGUUUUGUUCUAAACCAGUGCUGUCAUUGCUUACUGUCUCCCCAUUGGAGAGAUUUCUCUAACUUCCUGUCUCAGUGACCACACAGGAAAUUGGGGAAAAAUCUCCCCAAUGGGGCACUGCAAUACAAGCUUGCUGAGGUUUUAACAGAGAUCUGAGGUUGAGAGCCGGCAACUCGUCCUUCUGAAGAAGUCACUUUAUUAAAUCAAGUGGGGUGUAGAAAAUGCAGGGCUUGCGCGUUUCGGCAAUAAGUCCUAAUCGUAGCCAUAAAAAAAACAUGUCAGGACACAGGUCAGGGAUAAUCUUUGAUUUUUGUACAGCUAAUCAUCUGAUUUGCCUUAUUCAUUUCAUGAGCUUUUGACAGGAGGGAGGGGAGGGUUUUUCUUUUACAUUAUUGUAUGUAAAUGCUGUGUCCUGACAUGUUAUGUUUUUUAUAGCUAUGAUUAAAGUGGUUGUAAAGUC